AUGCCGUCCAGCGACCAGCGCCUGGACCACCGGCCCGUCGCCCUUCACUACACGGUACAGCCCGUUGGCCGCACCAUCGUCCCUGCCGGCCCUGGCGUUAGCUCGCAAUGGUCAGCUCCCGGUGAUGCCGGUAUCAUUGCCGCGGGUCCCGCGAACGAGGCGCAGAACAGCACUCGGCUCGAAUCAGCGGGUCGAGUAGCGUCCUAUUCUCAGCUUCUGGCAACGCAGCUCGAUCAGCAGACCCUGCCCUGGACCUGGCCGUCGGCGCUUGGCGUCGUGGGCAAGUGGUCGACCGGAGUGGAUGGUCAAGGGCUAUCGGAUCGGGUGCACCAGGGCUGCCACCGCGUCCACCAGGCCUGGAAGCAGGUGUCGCCCUUCCGGGGCUCCGCCAGGCCUCUGCUCACCAGCCUGGGCCAAUCCCUCCCCCGGCCCGGCCUGAAGGCAUCUGCGCUCGCUCACAAGGUGCACGAUGCCGAUGUCAAGAAGGCGCUCGGCCGCCCGGUCGCCGCUGCAUCGGGCCUGACCGCUGCGCUAUUCCACGGCCUGGCCCGGCAAUGGCGUGAGGCAGACGGACCGAAGCAAACGUUCAUGGCCGUCUUCGCUGUGCUGCAGGUCGUCUGGCUCGCCUGCACCGUCAAGGGCUGGCUUGAUCGCCUCUUUGGCAGGAAAGCCGAGUACCGCAACCGCCGUACCAAGACCCUGGCCCGGAAGGCUGCGUUGGCUGCUGCCGGAGGGCGUGGCGCUGCGUCAAAGCCUCAGCCGCGCACCUGGUCCUCGGGCAAGCCCCGCCUGCCCCCUCGUCCCACCGCCGGACACCCGCUGAUGCCCCUCGGUCCGCAGCGGGGCACCAGCGGCGACAACAGGAUGCAACAGCAGGGCGCGCGCACCCUCUCGACAACCAACGAGCUCGAGACCACGCCGUCGGGCGACAUCAUCCUGCCCUCGUGGACCGAAAACGGUCCCUCGUCGCUCAUGGUCAUCGUCGAGGAGCCGGAGCUCGAGCAAAAGGAGGCCGAGGAAGCCGAGCGCCGGAUCUACACGCACUCAAAGAAGCGCAGCGACUACGAUCGCAUGGCCGGCGAGUGGGACGACGACAAUUCCGAGGGCGACGACUCGACCGGCUGCCUCGAGCAGGGAUGGAGCUCGUCCAACCUCGGAGGAGGUCCUGCGUCUUCGCGCCUGUCGUUCCAGUCCGACAGCGGCUCGCUGCGGUACCGCGAGCGGAGCGUCGCCGCCUCGCUCCCCUUUUACGAUGACGUGGUGUCGACCUCGUCGGCUUCGACAUCGUCGUCGCCUCCUAUGCCACGGGCCGACGACGCCAUCGUGACCGAGCUCGAGUCUGCCUGGUGCAGGGCCGAUCGCGCCGAGCUCGAGCGCGGCUGGAGGGACAGCUGCAUGGAGGAGGGCGCCCUCUGA